CAUUCUCUUGUUUCAGCAGUAUAUAACAUGUACGACCCAUGUGUGUUAUCAUGAACCAAAUGGAUAUGAUCAAUUCCGAGAAAACAUGUGUGACGAGUGCAGAUUUGAACGGCAAAGAUAACAUACCAGAUGAAAGUUUACCUGGAGGUCUCAAGAAAAAGCUAUUGCCAAAACACAUCGCCAUGAUAGUUGACGGUAAUCGUAGGUGGGCAGUGCAAAAAGGUUUGUCUGCUAUGUUUGGUCACAAUGCUGGCAGAAUGAUACUAAUGCCUCUUCUCCGGCUAUGUUCGAAACUAGAGAUCAAAGUCGUAUCAUUUUUUGUAUUUUCUACUGAAAAUUGGCGUCGGCCAACUGAGGAAAUUAAUUUUCUCAUGAAGGUGGUGGAAGAUUUAUUAAGGGUAGAUGGGGAAGAACUUCAUAGUCAUGGUUGUCGAGUAAGCGUGAUGGGGGACAAAUCAAAGCUUUCGGAGACGCUACAAAAACUAUCAACAGAAAUCGAGGAGAAAUCACGAACGAAUUCAGGAACACAUAUCAUUUUUGCAAUCAACUACAGUGGUAAACAUGACAUAAUUAAAGCUUGCAAGAACCUUGCUACCCAAGUCAAAGAUGGUGUUAUUCUACCAAACCAAAUUAAUGAAAACAUUUUCGCACAACAACUCUAUACCAACUAUAUUGAUUUUCCUUGCCCGGAUCUGGUCAUACGUACAAGUGGCGAAAUUAGGAUCAGUAAUUUUAUGUUGUGGCAGAUGGCAUACAGCAAGCUUUAUUUCACGAAGAAAUAUUUUCCUGAUUUUGGAGAAAAUGAUCUCAUUGAGGCUUUACGUGCAUUUCAAAGGACACAAUGAUGUUUGUGUUAGCUCAAUAAAUAAAGUGGAUGUAUUUUCGAAUCGAAUGUUAGUUUUGAAUAAGGUUGCAGUUUCUGAUUUAGCCUUGUAAGCCUUACGUGUAUCUUUUUCUCAUUAGUUGUUGGAAUUAUAAUAAUCAUUGCA